CCCGCCCUCGCUGCCGCGCGGCCCCGCCCCCGCCGCGCCUGGCCGAGGCGAGCGGAGCCGCGGGCGCUGCGGGCGGACAAGAUGGCGGCGCCGGGCGAGUACUUCAGCGUGGGCAGCCAGGUGUCCUGCCGCACCUGCCAGGAGCAGCGCCUCCAGGGCGAGGUCGUCGCCUUCGACUACCCCAGCAAGAUGCUGGCGCUCAAAUGCCCCUCUUCCAGUGGCAAGCCCAACCACGCAGACAUCCUGCUCGUAAACUUACAGUACGUGUCAGAAGUGGAAAUAAUCAAUGACCGCACGGAAACGCCUCCCCCUUUAGCCUCCCUCAACGUCAGCAAGCUUGCCAACAAAGCACGGACGGAGAAGGAGGAGAAGAUGAGCCAGGCAUAUGCAAUUAGUGCUGGUGUCUCUCUGGAGGGGCAGCAGCUCUUCCAGACCAUCCAUAAGACCAUUAAGGACUGUAAAUGGCAGGAGAAGAACAUAGUUGUGAUGGAAGAAGUCGUCAUUGCCCCUCCGUACCAGGUGGAGAACUGUAAAGGCAAAGAGGGGAGCGCCCUGAGCCACGUACGCAAAAUAGUGGAGAAACACUUCCGGGACGUGGAAAGCCAGAAGGUCCUGCAGCGUUCACAAGCACAGCAGACACAGAAGGACACGUCCCUGUCAUCCUGAGGCCACCUCGGGGCCACCACCCCGUCCCCGCGUCCCCUCCCCGGAGGCGGCGCCGGGGGCUCCUUCAACUUUUAUUUCCUUUUUUUUUUUUUUUUUUUUUUCUUUUUGGGAAAAUCUCAACCAAUUCCAAACUUUAGACUUCAAAACAAAUGAGAAAAGAGAAUAAUUUAAAGCUCCUCACGCAUUACUUGACUAACAGACUUUUGUUUUUCCGCCAUGGUUUCUCCCUCCAGCCAGUCAGACUCUGUUAAUUUUAUUUUUUGGCUUUUUUUUUCCCCUUUUCCUCCCAAUUCGUGCCUCCCUUUUCCCCAAAGAUCCCUCCAGAAAAUAAAGCUAACGAGCUGACUGUGGUGGCUGACCCGGGACCCUCGUGACCAACGUGGUCUCGUUUUAAUUUUGUUUGCACAGGGCAAGGCUUGAAUUAGUCUUAUUUUUCUUAUCUUUAAAUAUAUAUAUGAAUAUAUAUUAAAAUGUUCUUUAAAUAUUUGUCUGCUUCUAGGGUCGUGGCAAAAAAUCCCUCAAAAAUGCCCUUGGGAGCAGCCAGAACCUGGAUUUGGGGUUUUCACCCCAUUUCCUUUAUGUUUUUAAUGUUUUUGCCCUUUUUCAUUUAAUUUUUAAUUUCUUUUUUAAUUUUAAAUUUUUUUUUGCCACGAUCCUCCCCCUCCCCCUUUUGUUUCCUCCCAUUGUUUUUUUUGUUUUUUUUGGUUUUUUUAAUUAAAAAGCAGAUCAAACUCAAAACAAUUCAAGCCCUGCCUUUAGGAAAAUUAAAGAUUAAAAAAAAAAUUUAAAAAAAAAGAAAAAAAAAAGGAAAAUUUUUUAGUCUUGUUUAGCAAAAAACAAUAAAAACCCGAAAUUUUUUUAACCAUCA